GGCGAUGAAUUUACCAUCCAGUAGAAGCCGUGUGAUAAAAUGAUAAGUUGUGUGUUUGUGAAGCUGAAGGGAUUAUUCUUAGGGAUCCUGAGCCUCUUCAGGCGUGCUCUCUGUUUCUCCCGCCGACGAGGACAAUCCCCGGAAACUGCUGAUGAAGUCCUCCAAGCUGUUAGUGUUGUAACCACUCACAGGGGAUCAAGAACAAAAUCUGAGCAUCCGGAAAGAGAUUGGAAUACAUGGGAUGACUCCCCGAGGACUGUGGAGGAGCACAUUGAGGUCUACAGGCAAAGAUUAGCUCGAACUGAGCAAAAGAACGAAAUGAGGGAACCGGACAUCGAUUUCUUUGGGGACAUGGAACCGAAGGUAGUAAAACAAACCAAAGUACUUAUAAGGACAGACAAUGAGCCUGAGAAGAAAUUCUCACGGCUUACAGCUGCGACUGAUGCAACCAUUCCGUAUGCUGCUGAGCUCGAAGACUGGUUAGAUGAAUCCAAAUCAGGCUGGGAGGAGGUCAAUGAGGAUGCUUCAAAGUUAAUCCGGGAGAAGCGACGAGAGCAACGAGCACAGCAGAAAAUGCAACGUCACAAGGAUGUGAGUACAAAUCAAGGAUUUGCCGAGAGGAUAGGCAACCGAAAGACUUAGAUUUAUGUCCAUUUUGGCAACAACAAAAAUCCGGAGCUGUUGUGAGUGUAAAACAUUUUUUUUUCGUGUGCAAAUAUAUGCAAAUUUUUUUUCAUUUUCAA